AGAGGAGGCGGAGGGAGCGGGAACGAGCAGGGCCGAGACCGGGAGCCUGCGAGAGCGAGCAGAGCGCCAGCGCCCCCUCUCUUUCCCCACAAUUCGGUGCCGCCCCCCUUCCUCGCCCUCGGCGGCUUCCUCCGCGGCCUUGCGGCUCCCUGGCCGCCCGGGACGGCGGCCGUGGUGGAAGCGGCGCUCGGAGGUGGCGACGGCGGCGGAGGCGGUACUAGCGGGAACGCCGCAGAAAUUGAGGCCGGGGAUCGAGCGCGGCCUACUGCGGGGCCUGGCCCGCCCCCCUUGCCGAGCCCGGCCCGGCCCGGCCCGGCUUGGUUCUUUUCCCGCGCAGCUUCUGCGCUUUGUAUCUCUGCUGUGAUCGGUCCGAUACGGCGGGGGGAGUUAGAAUGGAACAGAUUGAAGGCCCUAUGAGAAAAAGGGAAAGCUAAGGAUGCUGGAGCAGAACAAUGGAUUUCUCCUUCUCUUUCAUGCAAGGGAUCAUGGGAAACACAAUUCAGCAACCACCUCAACUCAUUGACUCGGCUAACAACCGCCAAGAGGAUGCUUUUGAUGCCAGCAGUGACAUCACUGAAGAUGGUAGACAGACACCAUAUGAAGCUGCACUUGCAUUGCAGCAAGGUUUUCAGUACCCUACACCAACAACAGAGGACCUUCCACCCCUCAUUAAUGGAUUUCCACCUAUCGGCAUGUAUGAACCCCAAGCCAAAUACCAGUCGUACAGUCAGUAUCCCAAUGGCUCAGCCAAUGGCUUUGGCACAGUCAGAAACUUUAGUCCACCAGAGUAUUAUCAAAUGGAGAACUCUAAUAUAAGGCCACAUGAAAUUCUGGAAAAACAGUCUCCCCCACAGCCUCCACCUCCUUCAGUAUCCCAAACGGUGAUUCCAAAGAAGACUGGUUCACCAGAAAUCAAACUAAAAAUAACCAAAACUAUCCAGAAUGGCAGGGAAUUGUUUGAGUCCUCUCUAUGUGGGGACCUUUUAAAUGAAGUACAAGCAAGUGAAUAUGCAAAGUCAAAACAUGAAGGGAGAAAAGAGAAGAGGAAAAAAAGCAGCAAACAUGAUACUUCCCACUCAGAAGAACGCAAAUCACAUAAAAUUCCAAAACUAGAACCAGAGGAACAAAAUAGACCAAACGAGAGGCUUAGCACACUGUCUGAAAGACCAAGGGAGGAAACGAUAGUGUUGGAUGAAACCCCGACCGAGCAGGUAUCUCCUUCUCCUCCAACACAAGUGGCAAGUGAUAUCAGGUUUGAGGUUGGAGAUCUCGUCUGGUCCAAAGUGGGGACAUAUCCAUGGUGGCCCUGCAUGGUUUCAAGUGAUCCGCAACUUGAGGUUCAUACCAAAAUUAACACACGAGGUGCACGAGAAUAUCAUGUUCAGUUCUUUAGCAACCAGCCCGAGAGGGCAUGGGUGCAUGAGAAGAGGGUACGAGAGUACAAAGGACGUAAACAGUAUGAUCAGUUGGUUGCGGAGGCUGCUAAGCAAGCGAACCACUCUGAAAAACAGAAGAUUCGCAAACCCAGGCCACAGAGAGAGCGUGCACAGUGGGAUAUUGGCAUUGCCCAUGCCGAGAAAGCAUUGAAAAUGUCUCGGGAAGAGAGGAUAGAACAGUACACCUUCAUCUACGUAGAUAAAGAGCCAGAGGAGGGUUUGUCAAAAGCCAAGAGAACUGUCGCACCUAAGACAGAGAUUAAAAAGAACCGGCGAUCUAAACCAUCUCCUAGCCCUCAGCCGGAACAGACCAAUGAGGUUUUGGCAGUAUCCUCGCCAUCCAACUCUGAGGUGCGGAGACAUAGUCAGAGAAGGCAGUCAAGUGUGGAUGAAGAACCACCUCCUGUGAAAAUAGCAUGGAAAACUGCUGCAGCCAGGAAAUCCUUACCAGCAUCUAUAACCAUGCACCAAGGGACAUUGGACCUUCAGAAAUGUAAUAUGUCUCCAGUUGUUAAAAUUGAACACGUUUUUGCUCUCCAGAAUGCUGCUGGGAAUGGAAAGUUCAUUGAUCAGUUUGUUUACUCUACCAAGGGUAUAGGAAACAAACCAGAAAUAAUCAUCAAAGGCCACGACAAACUCACAUCCGUCUCAAACCAACGAAACGAGAGAGCAUCCUCACAAAGUGCACCCUCUCCUGAAUCGUCUUCUGGGUUGGCAAGUUCUGUAGAAAAGAAGCAUCAGAGAAGAUCAAUACGAACUCGCUCAGAGUCUGAGAAAUCCACUGAAGUUGUGCCAAAGAAGAAGAUCAAAAAGGACCAGGUAGAAACAGUCCCACAGACAGCAGUGAAGACUGGAUUACAGAAAGGUGCCAGUGAGAUUUCAGAUUCUUGUAAGCCUCUAAAGAAAAGGAGUCGUGCCUCAACAGAUGUAGAACUAACUAGCUCGGCAUACAGAGAUACAUCUGACUCAGAUUCCAGAGGACUUAAUGAUCUACAGGGUAGCUUUGGAAAGCAGUCAGACAGUCCCUCAGCUGCAGCAGAUGCUGACGCUUCUGAUGUACAGUCCGUGGACUCGAGCUUGUCAAGAAGAGGUUCUGGGACAAGUAAGAGAGACACCGUUUGUCAGAUUUGUGAAAGCUCUGGCGAGUCCCUGGUGUCCUGUGAAGGCGAGUGCUACAGGGUCUUCCACACAGAAUGCCUAGGAUUGAGCUCGCAACCCGACGGGAAGUUCGUCUGCCAGGAGUGCAAAAACGGACAACAUACGUGCUUUUCCUGCAAGCUUCCUGGCAAAGACGUGAAACGCUGCUCUGUCAACGCAUGUGGUAAAUUUUAUCACGAGUCCUGCGUCCGCAAGUUUGCUACGGCUGUAUUUGAGUCCCGAGGAUUCCGCUGCCCACAGCACUGCUGUACUGCCUGCUCUAUGGACAAGGAUAUUCAUAAAGCAAGCAAAGGUCGCAUGGUGAGAUGUUUGAGAUGCCCCAUUGCCUAUCACUCGGGAGAUGGCUGUAUUGCUGCAGGAAGUUUGUUUGUGUCAUCCCACAUUCUCAUCUGUAGUAACCAUUCCAAAAGGAGCAAUCACUCUUCAUCAGCUGUAAAUGUAGGCUUUUGUUUCGUUUGUGCAAGAGGGCUGAUAGUGCAGGAUCAUUCAGACCCCCUGUUCAGUUCAUAUGCCAAUAAGUCCCACUACCUACUGAAUGAAUCAAAUCGUGCUGAGUUGAUGAAAUUACCUAUGAUUCCUCCUUCUUCGUCAGCUUCCAAAAAGAAAUGUGAGAAAGGUGGAAAACUGUUGUGCUGUGAAUCAUGUCCUGCAUCCUUCCACCCGGAAUGUCUUAACAUCGAGAUGCCAAACGGCUCCUGGAACUGCAAUGACUGUAAAGCUGGCAAGAAGCUACGAUACAAGCAGAUCGUUUGGGUCAAGCUUGGAAAUUACAGGUGGUGGCCAGCUGAGAUCUGCAAUCCCAGGUCUGUUCCUCUCAACAUACAGGGCCUCAAACAUGAUAUCGGGGACUUCCCAGUGUUUUUCUUUGGUUCACAUGACUACUAUUGGGUACAUCAGGGCAGAGUAUUCCCUUAUGUUGAAGGAGACAAAAGCUUUGCCGAGGGGCAAACUAAUAUUAACAAGACCUUCAAGAAAGCACUCGAAGAAGCAGCGAAACGCUUCCAGGAACUGAAAGCACAAAGAGAAAGCAAAGAAGCACUUGAGAUUGAGAGGAAUUCAAGGAAACCACCUCCCUAUAAACACAUAAAAUCCAACAAAGUCGUUGGGAAGGUUCAGAUUCAAGUUGCGGACUUGUCUGAAAUCCCUCGGUGUAAUUGUAAGCCGACCAACGAGAACCCUUGCGGCCUGGAGUCGGAGUGUUUAAAUCGAAUGCUGCAGUAUGAGUGCCAUCCCCAAGUCUGCCCUGCAGGAGAACGCUGUCAAAACCAGUGCUUCACCAAGAGACUCUAUCCAGAAGCAGAAAUUAUAAAAACUGACCGGCGAGGCUGGGGUCUUAGGACAAAACGGAACAUUAAAAAGGGUGAAUUUGUCAACGAGUAUGUCGGUGAACUAAUUGACGAGGAAGAAUGCCGAUUGCGAAUCAAACGUGCCCACGAGAACAGCGUGACCAAUUUCUAUAUGUUGACUGUUACGAAGGACCGUAUAAUAGAUGCUGGCCCAAAGGGGAAUUACUCUCGCUUUAUGAACCACAGCUGCAACCCCAACUGUGAAACCCAGAAGUGGACAGUGAAUGGGGAUGUCCGAGUUGGACUCUUCGCUCUGUGUGAUAUUCCUGGAGGGAUGGAGUUAACAUUUAACUAUAACUUGGAUUGCCUGGGAAAUGGCAGGACAGAAUGCCACUGUGGAGCAGAUAACUGCAGUGGGUUCCUAGGAGUACGGCCAAAGACGGCGUGUGCGACAGCAAAUGAAGAGAAAGCUAAGAACGCAAAAUUGAAGCAGAAGAAACGAAAGAUAAAAACAGAGCAGAAGCAGAUGCAUGAGGAUAACUGUUUCCAGUGUGGAGAUGGGGGUGAAUUGGUCAUGUGUGAUAAAAAAGACUGUCCCAAAGCAUACCACCUCCUCUGCCUUAACUUGACACAGCCACCCUUUGGGAAAUGGGAAUGUCCGUGGCACCAGUGUGACAUCUGUGGCAGCCCUGCUACUUCAUUCUGUGAGUUCUGCCCUCAUGCUUACUGCAAGGAUCAUGAAAAAGGAGCACUUGUGGCCUCAGCCUUGGAUGGGCGUCCAUGCUGCUCUGAACACAACCCUAAGGCGCCAGUGGCACUAGAAUAUUGGUGCAAGAUCAAACGCCGAUUGGAACAGCAGAAUCCCGAGGAAGAAUCCAAGGAAUAAACUUGUCUUUCCCUUAAAAAAACAAAACCAACCCACACCCUACUGAGUGGCAAAUCAUUGUGAAUUUGGAUAAAGUGCCAUGGGACCCUCAGUCUUUGUCUUUAGAACUGCCUCCAUGGAACUCAAACAGGGACCAUCUGAUAUUGAGUGGCAGUUAGCAGCCUGUGGCAUCUGUGGUCAAAUCCGUUUGCCCUUGCGUGUGUCCUUCAGGCUCUUGAAGAACAGGGAAAAAAGUGUCUUGGCAACCUUUUGUUGUUAGAAGAGGAAAUCUUUCUGACGUUGGGGGGGGGAAAUCAUGUUUAAAGUAUGUUCUUUGAGUGUAGAAACCAAACAUAGCAAAAUAUUUAUUUAUUUAAUUUUUGAUGGACUUUUGAGGAUUUCUGGUCCUAUUACAGUCAGUGUGUCUAAAAGGAGUAGCAACACCAGCCUGGUAUCUAUCUCAGUAUGUAUCUGUCCUUUUUCCCCCCCUGUCUAGUUUUAGAACUACAAGAAAAAACUGCUCUGCACACCGGUAGCCUUUCAGUUAAAUCUGUUAGGGGGCGGAUCAAAGACGUAUUGUGGCAGUUGGCAGGCAUCUUCAUUCCAGUAAGUUCACCAUGAUGAGAGUUUUGAGACAGGAAGAUGAUGUGUGUCGUUUUACUUUCCAGUGAGUGAAUGAUGAUCAUGAUACAGAAGUUUUUCCCAACUAGAAGCUAGAUGUGGCCUGUUUACCCUUGAAGCGCGUUCUGUUUGACACUACACUUUCAGCUUCGAAAAGCACCAUCCACCGGAGGCUUCUUAACGCUCGGUUUUUCGAACCCCACUUUAUUUCAAAAGGGCUUGAGCAGCAGAAACUUCUAGUGGGUUGUGCCUGUAAUAAUCUACUAACGUUAAUUUGGAAAGGCUGUAGGCAGCCCUGGGAUGUCUUACGUUUUGCCCAGCGUCCAGCUUAAUUAUGCAUAUGUCACUUUUCUGCCACCAUUGAAUUUUAGGGCAAUUAAGCAGAGAGCAUUUGGAACAGGGCUUUAUUUGCCUGUUGAAAGUCUUUGCCAUACCUUGGGGAUCUCCUUCCUUUACAAGCCUGUUUUCAGGCUGGUCCCUAACUGGGUUCUGAUGGACUCUUGUUUUCUGGAUCAUGUACAGAACAGAGCAGGAUUUGUAACCUAGCCCUGAUGGCUUGCCGCUCACAGAGGCCCUGAUUAUGCUGUAUCUUUUAAAUUUGUAGGGCAGAACUUGGCCUUCAAUUAUGUGUAUUUUACAUGGCCAGCUGUGCUUGUUUCAUGGCAUACUUGCCGAUGAUCUGACAUUCUUAUAACCCUGGUCCAAGCUUCCUCUGCUUUCAAAAGGGAUGCCAUAUGAUUUUGGUAUUUGUACUGGGGUUUUAUAGUUUAUUUGGCUUUAUUGUUUGGUUUGCUCAAAUGGAAUCUCUUCAUUGAAUAAGAAAGGGUCAGUCUUAGAAAGCAAUGUGUGUAUCCAAGAUAUUCUCUUUUUGUUGUUGUUAGUAGGUCUUCACAAAAUAACAGUACAGCACUGAAAUAACCAACUGAACUUACACUUUCCAAAUGGAUGCUCUAAAUGUCUCCUUUUUUUCUUUUGUUUUUUUUUACUGAAGACACUUGAGUGAAUAGUUACAUUGAAUUAUUGUGCCAAUACCAGAAAACAGACAGCAGGCAGGUAUUUUCUUAUGAUGCCAGGAUUUCUUUGUUUAGGUUUUCUGAUUAGGCUUUCUAUUCUUCUUUUAAAAUGCCUGUAAUCCAAGGGGAAAGAAACUGCAGCUUCUGUUUUCCGCAUUUGUACAGGCGUAAAAAAUAAUUCAACACACUACAUUUCUUUAAAGCACCUGAAAUGUCCCUUAGCUUUGAUUCAGUUUGCAGCCUCUUUUUGUAACUCACUGAAUAUUGUGGGUUGAUUUUUGUUUGCUUGUUUUUGCAUAUCCCUGAAGAUCUCUGUGGGCCAAUUGAAUGGUACAGAGUACUACAGGAAGAUGCCAAGCACUUGUUUACACUAAAGGGCGAUGCUAAAGGGGGGGGGGAAAUAAAUACUACAGUUGGUAUAUGUAUAUUAAAACUUAGAUAUUCAUUUUCUGAAUAUGUUUGACAACUUUUUUUUUAGUAAGGGUGGGGGAGAAACUCUUUGGGAGAGAAAUUUGCCCCAAUCUAAAAUGCCAAGCCCAGUACUUUCCUUGCACAUAGUUAAUCAAACUGCCCUGCCCACUUCAUAGAGCUGGUGAACACAGAAUGUUGCAAGAUCUCCCCCUCUCUGUCUACACACACCCCCCACUCUCAGUUGUGCUCUUUCAUAUACUCCCUUGUCAAAAUGGCUAGGCAGUGCACAGAUCUCCUGACAGUGCAUUUUGAAAGGGAAAAUAGCCAGUCCCAAAAGACUUAAUUAUGAUAGGCAACAGAUGCUGUUAAAGUUAGGAUGGGUUUUUAAAAUGUAUCUACCAUGUUAACUAUAGACUGAGUUGACCGUAAGCAUUACAGCAUCUAAGAUGCGAUCUAUCUCAUGUCCCUCCUUGUUGUACCACUCUGCACUGCAUCUUUUCUUUCUUUCCUUCCUUCCCAGCUUUCUCUACCUCUCUAAACUGCCAUGCACACUUUCAUCCCUAACCUUUUCACAUGGUUAAGAAGAAGCAAAGUAGACAUGUUCCAGCUGGUUGGAGCUACCCUCAACCUUUACUACCUUCGAGUCCAACCCCCACAUUGAGCAGGGGGUUGGACUCAACGGCCUUUAGGCCCCUUCCAACUCUACUGUUCUAUGAUUCUAUACUAGAGUAGCAUCCAGCAACAGCAUUACAUCUUGCAUGUCACCUUGAAUGCAAUUUUGGAAGGAAAGGUGGCUAAAUUGUCUAUACAUUGUAGGAGGGUCACUGGGAUCACCAUCUAGGCAAUUCUCCCAUAUAGCCAAGGGUCAAGCUUACUGUAGCCACAGAAUGAAUGGACACUCCACUGCAUGUCACUUUGCAGCUUAAAUUAGUAUUUCAGAUUUCCUCCACUGAAAUGUGCAAUGAAGAGGAAUCUUUUAUUGGGUGGUACAUCAUCAUCAUCAUCAUUAUUAUUAUUAUUAUUAUUAUUAUUAUUAUUAUUAGAUGCUUUUGAACUCCAGAAAGGUUCUUCCUUAGGCUAAGAUACUUCAGAUCUUAGCAGGACUGAUAGUAAACGGAUUUUAAAAGUUUUAUUCAUUUAUUCUUGAAUUGAGUUUGCAGCACUUGGUUUAAACAAAAAUUGAUACUGAAAAACAGGAAUCGUUUCCUUUUUUAAAAAAAGAAAGAAAAUGCAUAGCAACAGUAACUUAUGUGAAAUUUUAACCGUUUUAUGUAUAAAAAGUACUAAUCAUGGAUAAGAGCAUUGAGCACUGGUAAUGUUUAAUACUCCUGGGGUUUUGUCAUUGUCAUACUCCAUUUCUAAUGAUUUCAUCAACUUUUCUCUUUAAAAUGAGUGGUUGAAGCAAUGCCAUUUACCAGAGAUGGGGUUGAGCCAAUUGAAGGUCUGCAUGUCUGAUGACUGGCUUUCUUUUAGCACAUGCCUGCAGACUAUGCAUGGUUGUUUUGCAACUCUUCAGGAAAGUGUGUUCCCUUCCCCUUCCCAGCCACUUUUUCCUGUCUGUUAAGGUAGAGUAUACAGUUUUCUUCAAGUGGCUUAGUACAAAUGACUAGAACCCUGUGCUUACAUCUUCUACACGCUUAGCAUAGUAGUAAUCCUAUGCGCACUUAACCUGGGAAGAAACCCCAUUGAGCGCAGUGGUACUUAUUUCUGAGUAAACAUUCAUAAAGCUCCAUCACACUUGGGGUUAACACGCUCCCUACCUUCGCUUUUCCACUGGUGUUUUUGUUCCUCAGUUAUUUCCGAGAGGAAGUACAGAACGAGCACGAGGCUUAUUGAGUCUGCUGUUCUAAUGGCGCUGCUUCUCCUGCACACAGUAGGAGAGAGCAGCGAUUCCAAGUUUAAAAAAACAUCGGAUUUAAUUAGGGGUUUUUUUUUCCGCGCAAGGAAGGUUAGAAGGGGUGGAAGGUGCGCGGGAGGCAGACGAUAUCAUGCGAGGGACCUGAGCAAACUCCGUGAGUGCCCAGUAACUAGCGUGCAAUAAAAUGCUAGUCAGAUGGAGCUUAUAGUCUUGCGCUGUGAAUUCAAUGGGAGUUACUUCUGAUUAGAAGCCUGUAUGCAUAUGCAGUGAUCUGGGCUAUGUAUAGAGAUGGAUAGGGUUUGCUUUACCCUGUAAAGCAAGCACCUUAAUAGUGGGCGGAAUGUCUACUGACUUGCUCAGUUAGAAUACUGCAGCUCUCUGUUCUUGUUACCUUAGCUAUUGGAGGACACUUUCGGCUUAAACUUGCUACCUGUAGAGUCUUCUGGCAGUAUUGUCAUCGUGCACAGCCACUAGGGACUCAGGACUGCUUCUGACAUUGCAAGCUUCAUAACACAGAUGUGUGUGGCAGUGCAGCACCUUUUUGCCUGCACGACAUGAAAAGGUACUGCGUAAACGGCAAUAGGUUCAUUCAUCUCCAAAAAAGAUCAGUGAACAAUAAAGGCCACAAUUUUGAUGCUGCAGUUUUGUUCCCUGCAUGUUAACCAAAUGUCUCGUGUCCCAUCUGAAGAGGGUUUGCAUCUGCGGGCACACAGGUUGGAUAUCCAUCUGUGUUUCCACUACAUACUUCCAAACCUGCAGCUUUCUCAUCAAAUAUUAUGGUGUUCACAACAUGUACAAGCAGUGGACAAUCAGGAAACAUUUCUGCCAUGCCAGGUGGCCCUUAGAAACAACAAUUUAAAUAAUUUGUAUCCUUCCUUGGGUCGGGUUUUAGGGAACAGAGGCUAAGAAGCAUGAUAACUAAUUUCUUGGUCUCCUCUUGUGGACAACCACCUUCUUUGCGUUACUUUUUCAUUUAUUUCCAGACAUGGAUGUGACUUCAAGCUGUGUUACGUGAAGACGUGAGCCUGCUGCUCUGGGUGACUUUAGAGCUCCCUGCAGCUUGUACCAAUAUCAAAUAUGUGUCUUAAAACAAGUGUUUGUAUGUACUAUAGGUUUGUAAUAUACAAUACAGGUACUUUCAUACAUUGUGUUUUAGCAGCCCUCAAGUGCGCAUCUGUGUACUUAAAAUUCAGCGUGAGAAACAAACAGCCUUUCAGAAAUUGUAUUCACAUGAAAUAAAAAGGGGCUUGGGUGUAUAUUGGUCUUCAUGUUUGGUCUCUUGCCCCUAACAUAUACAGGUGGUGUUGGGAAGAUGUAAUUACUAGAAUAUCAUUGCCCAACUACCUUCUAACCAUAGUUGACUGUAUAUACUGAGACGUUAUGGGUAGGGUUGGGAGGGUGGAAUAUCUGCCACUGGUACGAAUUUGUCACUUUAACAUUGGAACUUCUGCCUCAUUGAAUUCAGGGUUUAAUGUACUUGAAGUUGUUUUCAUUCUUUCUUUACAGCUUGUGUUUUAUUUAUGCAUUUUAUAUAGUAUUGUGAAAGUCUCUUUUCCCACCUUAAUAUGGAGUCUAAAAUUUAUUUCUGCUUCUGUUGCACGUUAUGGACACAAGGCAAAUAGAAAGGACUUGGAAAGUGUGUGUCUCUCUUUCCUAUGCUCUUAAGAAAAAGAGCAACUGUCUUGAGACAUCAGCAGCAUUAUGACUUCCCAACGUGUUUACUUUCAAAAUUUAAAUCAGCCCUCCUCCUUUCUCCUACCCCCUUCACAAAUGUCAGGAAAAAGAAAUUGCACUUAUCUAAACACUCCUGGAUGUACUGUAGAUAGCUUUGUGAGGUGGUGAUGGUAGAUGGUUGGAGGAAAUGAAGCAAACACUUCAGCCGUGUUUUCACACAGAAGCCUAAGCGCACAAUCUACCAAACAGUAGUGCUUAAUGUAUACCACCCAUCUCUUGGUGGAUUGUGUCCUUUUCAUCCACAUGUAACUUCAUUUCAAAUCAAAGGAAAAAGAUCCUGCUUUGCCAAAGCGGUUCAUCAGUUCACUACUUUCCAUUAGUGGUACUAAUGGCAGGUGUGUACAGGAACCUAGUGGGGUGUUUCUACCGGGUUCUCUUUCCGCUUUUGGAAAGAAGUUAGAUCAUAUUGAAUUUUCUCCUAAACACCUCCCCCACAGCCCUAGCACUGGACAUCCUUAAGGAAUUAUUUCUCAGAAAGAACUAACUGGAUGAACACUUUAUAUUUCCUUCUUACUUGUUCAUGUUGAUCUGUAUCUCUACUUAAGUGUCAUUCCCUCACCACCCUAUUUUCUUAAAUAACUUGUGUUGCCAUUGAAAACCAAGAUGGUAAAAUAGCUAUUAUGACUGGCUAGUAACAAGACUGUGUCUUUUUAUUGUUUAUAAGAGUAUGUGCUUAUUCUGGGGUUGCUAUUG